UCUUAUGAGCUAACCUAAUUAUACAAUUAGAAUCGUAUAAAAGAAAACAAAACAUAGCCUUACUGUAAAACACAGAUCCACUAUUUGCCACUAGACACUUCACUUUAACCACGUGUUCUCCCACCAUGCACUACUUCCCUGACCUCUUCUAUCCCCACCCCUUUCUUUCCUACGGCAAGGCAGGUGGGCCAUAAGGAGCGUUUCACAUAACACUGAAGGAUACAAAAAAUACUGAGAAUCCAUCCAACUAGGUUUAACCUAGAGUAUGUAUUCGCAUCUAUUGCACCUGUUUGGACAUUACGUGUACCAAGCCGUGUUUAAAUAUGAAUAUAUAAAACGCUUGGUAAUUGUUUCGCUCGAAAAAUCCAGAUCCACAUUUUAGCACAAGCUGGAUCGCGCGGCGUUUUGGUUUCCUUCCAGAGGUCAACAGAGCCGACCGCUGUUGCUGAGUUGAGCUAGUCGGCUAACCAUUUAACUACAUUCCAUCAGUAUUGCUGUUGUGUUGUCCACCUAGCUUGUUAUGUAGUCCAGCGGUUUUGUCUGUUCAGGCUACUUGCUAAUAGAAGUCGUCAGACUCAGAAAUAUGAAUAACGUGAUAAGUAAUAGAUUAAUCGGUGGAAGUUGUGUGUGUCAGAGACUGUACAGUACUCGGUCGAUUAGGCAUCCUGCGGCACCUCAGGCGUCCCCCGUGAUUCUCAGUCAGAAAGAUACAGUGGCAGACAGAUCAGGUUUUCACAAUAAGAAUAAUGGAUUCUUGUCUUUAUCGCAACAUUUGUGUUCAGCAAGAAUGCCCCAUCGGAAGCCGUUUUCUAGCGGGUUUGGCGGAGCUAUGAAUGUUUUUGACAGGAACAUGAAACGAAAACAGAAGAAUUGGGCUUCAAUGUUACAGGACACAGUGAAGUACGAUUAUCUAAGAGAUGAGGUUGGCAGCAGAGUUGCAGACAGAGUCUAUGACAUUGCGAGGACGUUUCCUUUAGCCUUGGAUGUUGGUUGUGGAAGAAAUCACAUUGCAGCGCACUUGAGCAAGGAUAUUGUUGAGAGACUUUUCGUAACAGACAUCUCAGAAAAUGUUUUGAAACGGAAGAAGGAGGUGGAAAUGCCCACCCACUGUGUAAUGGCGGACGAGGAGUUCCUUCCUUUCAAAGAAAACACGUUCGACCUGGUGGUCAGCAGCAUGAGUUUGCACUGGAUUAACGAUCUUCCCGGAGCUUUCCGACAGAUCCAGCAUGUCCUGAAGCCGGACGGGGUGUUCAUCGGGGCCAUGGUGGGGGGGGAGACGCUGUACGAGCUACGCUGCUCCCUGCAGCUGGCCGAACUGGAGCGGGAGGGGGGCUUCGCCCCCCACGUUUCCCCCUACACCGCAGUCACCGACCUGGGGAACCUGAUGGGGCGGGCGGGGUUCACCAUGCUCACCGUGGAUGUUGAUGAAAUCCAGGUACAUUACCCAGGAAUGCUUGAAGUGAUGAAAGACUUGCAAGGAAUGGGAGAAAGCAACUGUGCCUGGAACCGGAAGUCCAUGCUGCACAGAGACACCAUAUUGGCUGCUGCCGCCAUUUACCAAGAAAUGUACGGGCAUGAAGAUGGCUCGGUUCCUGCUACGUUUGAGAUCUUGUACAUGAUUGGCUGGAAGCCCCACGAGUCGCAGGCGAAACCGGCGAGGAGGGGCUCAGGGAGCGUCACAUUCGGCGAGCUCGGCAAGCUCAGCCGGCCGACCUCCGCGGACCGAUCGAAGGAGGGGCAGUAAAAUCCCGCGUUUGUAUCUGCGGCUCUCGUGGUAAUACGCGCUUCGUUUUAUCUGUCGAUAAAAGUGUCUUCGUCAUUAAAAAAAAAAAGAAAAAAAAAACCUGGUCCGUUUUCACUGCCAGCUCGGCACUCUCCCAGUUCUUGGUGUGUUUCCAGAACUUGUGAGAGACCCCCCUGUACAGUUCAGGCACGUCUUUGGACAGGCAGGGGGCGCCAGUGUACUCCUUCUGCACGAGUAGCUCUGGACCAGAUAAAUUCUGAAAUGCAGCCUAUAUUCAGGCUAAGAAGCUUCUUCUGUAAGAACCGCUGAAUUAUAUGAAGUGGUUGUUAUAUGUAUUGUUCUGUGUUGUUUUGACUGAGAAAAUAUUUUAAAUAUUUUAAUGCAGGUUGUUGAACAUAAAUGUGUUGCAGGGUACUGAUACUGUUUAAUGAACGCACACUCAAAUAAAUGUGCAGUAUUUAGCAUUUAUACAGUAACUGCAAAGCUGGUGAGCUUACAGUUCAUAUAAAGUUUGUAUAAAAUGUUUUGAAUAAAUGCAUAAAAAUUGUGCAGAACUGUGUUGAUAAAGUUAGAUAACUGGAUAAAUAUUUUAUAAAUCAAAAA